CUGGGCCUUUCUCAUUUGGAUUCUCUCUCUCUCUCUCUCUCUCCACUGAAUACAUUGUACAUGCACAACACAAACACAGACACAGUUGUGGAGGUUUGUUCAUCGACUUGUUCCUUAAUCCCAUUGCUCUGUUCCCUCAUUCUCUGUCUCAGAUCGGUGUCUAUCUCUAACAAGGUUUUGAUCGUGUGGGCAAUGAGCGUAGAUUUGAAUCUGUUGCAUUUAGUCUUUUGGUGGUAAAAGGGUAUGAAAUAUGAAGUGAGUUGUUAAUACUAAUGACUGGUUACUGGGGAUCCAAACUAUGGUGUCUCAAAGUGGUGCUGACAAUAAUGGAAAACAUUCACAACUCCAGCCUUUGGUGAGGCAAAACUCGAUGUACAGUCUUACGCUUGAUGAAGUUCAGAAUCAAUUAGGCGAGCCGUUAAGUUGUAUGAACCUUGAUGAGCUUCUUAAAAAUGUAUCAAAUGCCGAGGCAAAUCAAUCCAUCGGCAUGGACAAUGAGGACACGGCUCAAGCCGGUCAAGCUGACGCGCGGCCGCGUCACGCUAGUCUGCCGUUAACUGGUGCACUGAGCAAGAAGACAGUUGAUGAGGUUUGGAGGGAUAUCCAACAGAGCAAAGAUAAUAACGAGAAGAAGUCUCAAGAGAGACAGCCGACUUUGGGAGAGAUGACAUUGGAGGAUUUCUUGGUGAAAGCCGGGGUAGUUUCUGAAGCAUCUUCUAAUAGAAAGAAUACCGGUCCUUUGGUCGGUAUUGAUUCAAAUGUUGCUGCAUCUCAGUUUCCUCCACCUGGUCCAUGGAUACAGUAUCCGCAACCGCAAUAUCUGCAUCCACAACAAAAUUUAAUUGGGAUUUAUAUGCCUGGCCAGAGUAUACCACAGCCAUUACACAUGGGGGCAGGUGCUCAGAUGGAUGUUCCAUUUGUGGAUGGUCAGGUGGCAUUGCCUUCACCUGGGACAGGAGCCUUGUCAGAUACAAAGAAACCGGGGAGAAAACGGAGCACGCCGGAAGACAUGGUGGAGAAGACUGUUGAGAGGAGGCAGAAGAGGAUGAUCAAGAAUCGGGAAUCUGCUGCCCGUUCAAGAGCAAGAAAACAAGCUUACACAACUGAAUUGGAGAACAAAGUCUCGCGUCUGGAAGAGGAAAAUGAAAAGCUGAGGAAACAGAAGGAGCUAGAGACCAUGUUCUCCAGUGCUCCACCUCCUGAACCUCGAUAUCAGAUUCGACGAACUUCAUCAGCUUUAUUCUGACAUCUGUAACUAUAAGUUAGAGUUUUGUAGAUAUGAGCAUCAGGGGAUGUUUCUUCUAGUUUAAGUUGAGUUGACAACUACCUUGUGGUCUCAGGAAUAGCUAUUUGAUGCAUUUGCAUUUAGUGGCUUAUUUGUUUUUAUUUUUUGGUUUGUUUAAUCAUAACACCUCAGUGAAUUCCUUGUGGUCAAAAUUUCCUGGGGAACAUUGUAGUUUUACCAUUCAUAUUAUACUGCCUUUUUAAUCA